AUGUUUCUGUCACAACAGGAAGGAGAAAAGAUAUCAUUAAUUCUCUUAUCAGCCAUCAAUCACUUCUCCUUCUUCUUCUUCUUUUUUUCUUGUUCAAUUUCACCUUCUUCUAUUUCUUCAUUUUCUUCUUCUUCUUCUUCUUUUUUUCUUGUUCAAUUUCACCUUCUUCUAUUUCUUCAUUUUCUUCUUCUUCUUCUUCUUUUGUUCAAUUUCACCAUCUUCUAUUUCUUCAUUUUCUUCUUCUUCUUCUUCUUCUUCUUGCUCAAUUUCACCUUCUUCUAUUUCUUCUUCUUCCUCAUUUUCUGUUUCUUCUUCUUCUUCUUUUUUUCUUGUUCAAUUUCACCUUCUUCUAUUUCUUCAUUUUCUUCUUCUUCUUCUUCUUCUUCUUCUUCUUCUUCUUUUUUUUCUUGUUCAAUUUCACCAUCUUCUAUUUCUUCAUUUUUUCUUCUUCUUCUUCUUCUUCUUCUUUUUUUUCUUGUUCAAUUUCACCAUCUUCUAUUUCUUGUUUUUUCUUCUUCUUCUUCUUCUUCUUCUUUCAAUUUCACCUUCUUCUUAUUUCUUCUUCUUCCUCAUUUUCUGUUUCUUCUUCUUCUUCUUUUUUUCUUGUUCAAUUUCACCAUCUUCUAUUUCUUCAUUUUCUUCUUCUUCUUCUUCUUCUUCUUCUUCUUUUUUUCUUGCUCAAUUUCACCUUCUUCUAUUUCUUCUUCUUCCUCAUUUUCUGUUUCUUCUUCUUCUUCUUCUUCUUCUUUUUUUCUUGUUCAAUUUCACCAUCUUCUAUUUCUUCAUUUUCUUCUUCUUCUUCUUCUUCUUCUUCUUCUUCUUCUUCUUCUUUUUUUCUUGCUCAAUUUCACCUUCUUCUAUUUCUUCUUCUUCCUCAUUUUCUGUUUCUUCUUCUUCUUCUUCUUCAUCAUCUUGAUCAUCUCCUUCUACUGGAUCAUCUUCGUCCUCCUCCUUCACCUCAUUUUCUGUUUCUUCUUCUUCUUCUUCUUCUUCUUCUUCUUCUUCAUAAUCACCUUCUUAUUAUUAUUCUUAUUCCUCUUCUUCUUCUUGUCUUUUCUGUUUACAUCUCAAUCUUUUCCUUAUCUAUCUAUCUCAUUCCAAUUUAUAUCUAUCUAUCUAUCUUAUUCUGUACAUAUCCAUCUAUCUAUCUAUCUAUCUGUCUAUAUCUAUCUCUGUCUGUUCAUAUCUAUCUAUCUAUCUAUCUAUCUAUCUAUCUAUGUUAAUUAUAAAUUUGAAAGGAAAGAUCAUUUCUUUUAUUCUAUCUAUCUAUCUAUCUAUCUAUCUAUCUAUCUAUCUAUCUGUUUCAGUCUGUUCAGAUCUAUCUAUCUAUUCAGAUCUAUCUAUUUCAGUCUGUUCAUAUCUAUCUAUCGAUCUAUCUAUCUAACAGUCUAUCUAUCUAUUUUGGGUUCUCUCUUUAUCUAUCUAUCUAUCUAUCUAUCUAUCUAUCUAUCUAUCACUGCUUUUGCAUCUCUCGGUCUCUUUCAUUUACUUUCUCUAUAUAUAUCUUUUGCAAUAUCUAUCUUUCUGUCUAUCUCAUUAUCUAUCUAUAUCAGUCUGUUCACUAUCUUUCUAUCUAUUUAUCUAUCUAUUUAUCUAUCUCAUUAUAUCUAUCUAUCUAUUCAUCUAUCUAUCAUUAUCUAUCUAUCUAUUUAUCAUCUGUUUCUAUCUAUCUAUCUAUCUAUCUAUCUAUAUUUAUCAGUCUGUUUACUUAUUUCUAUCUCAAUCUGUUCUAUAUAUCUAUCUAUAUUCAAUCUGUUCAUUAUCUAUCUAUCUAUCAUUAUCUACCAUCUAUCUAUCUAUCUAUCAUUUCUAUCUCAAUCUGUUCACUAUAUAUCUAUCUAUGCUUUCCCAUUCACUUUUCUCUCUCUGUGCCUGAUCUAUCUAUCUAUCUAUCUAUCUAUCUAUCUAUCUAUCUAUCUAUCUAUAUUUAUCAGUCUGUUUACUAUCUAUCUAUCUAUCUAUCUAUCUAUAUCAAUCUGUUCAUUAUCUAUCUAUUUAGCAUUAGCUAGCUAUCUCAAUCUGUUCACUAUAUAUCUAUCUAUUCCCAUUAUUCAUCAUCUAUCUAUCUAUCUAUCUAUCUAUCUAUCUAUCUCAGUCUCUAUUGCAUUCUAUUCAUCUAUCUAUCUCAUCUAUCUAUCUAUCUAUUUAUUUCUAGUCUGUUCAUAUCUAUCUAUCUAUCUAUUUCAGUCUGUUCAUAUCUAUCUAUCUAUCUAUCUAUCUCACUAUUGCAUUCUAUUCAUAUCUAUCUAUCUAUCUAUCUAUCUAUCUAUCUAUCUAUCUAUCUCACUAGCUAGCUAUUGCAUUCUAUUCAUAUCUAUCUAUCUAUCUAUCUAUCUAUCUAUCUAUCUAUCUAUCUAUCUAUCUAUCUAUCUAUCUCAGUCUGUUCAUAUCUAUCUAUGUUUUUAUCUAUGUUGGUCGUGGGGAUUGCAGUUGGCAACCAUCUCCUUUUCUAUCCUAUUUUGCUGGAUACAUAUUAUCCGAAUUUAUAAUUAUGUGCACUUCUUAGUUUUUCUGUUUGCCACUCUAUCUAUCUAUCUAUCUAUCUAUCUAUCUAAGUCUGUUCACAUCAUCUAUCUGUGUAUUUAUCAUUCUAUCUAUCUAUACAAGUCUAUUCAUAUUAUCUAUCUAUAG